GGAGUUUCCGGUCACCCGUUUUGUGAGUCUGUUGCAGGCGUUUUAAUUGCAGAGCUUCGCGAAAGAUUUGCGGUCACGUUAUCAAUAUAUUAGUCACUGUGCAAAAAGACUGUAUUUUGUAGCAGGCGAAGUUUCUACACGUCGGCCCGAACAAUGACAGUAACAAAACCCCCGCACCGACCACGGUGUUUCUUUGACAUAGAAGUGGGUGGUUUGCCCAUGGGACGCGUUAUAUUUGAGUUAUUCUCAGAUUUGUGCCCAAUAACGUGCGAGAAUUUUCGUGCCCUGUGUACUGGUGAGAAGGGCAUCGGGAAAACUACUGGUAAACCACUGCAUUACAAGGGAAUAAUCUUUCAUCGCGUAGUACGUGAUUUCAUGAUACAAGGAGGUGAUUUCUCUGUUGGGAAUGGCACCGGUGGAGAGUCAAUCUACGGAGGAACAUUCACAGAUGAGAAUUUUGAACUGAAGCAUGACAAACCAUUCCUGCUGUCAAUGGCAAAUCGAGGCAAAGACACGAAUGGAUCUCAGUUUUUUGUUACAACACAGCCAGCGCCCCACCUGGACGGAGUGCACGUGGUAUUCGGGCAUGUGCUGUCAGGGCAGGAGGUGGUGUUACACAUCGAGGGCCUGCCUGUCGAUCGGAUGUGUCGGCCAUUGCAGGAUGCCAAGGUGAUCAACUGUGGAGAACUGGUGCUGAAAAUGAAGGUCAAAGACAAGAAAGUGAAGAAGAAACCAGUUAGCAGUAGCAGCUCCUCUGCAGAUUCAGACACUGACUCUGCUUCUGAUUCAAAGAAGAGGAAGAAGAAGAAAGAAAAAAAGAAAAGGAAGAAGCAAAAGAAAGAGAAAUCAAGCAGCAAGAAGAGCGUCGGCAGUGGUGCUGAUGGGGCAGGACAAGUUGAAUCAGAAGCAGAGGAAGGAGAGGUUCCUGAUGAUGGUGAACUGCACCCACUGGUAACAAUAACAAAUAUAAAGCCAGAGGAGAUUCCAGAUGUACCCCCUAACCGCUUCUUGUAUAGAGGUGAUCGUCAGGCAUCAACAAAUAACCGUCCUAAAACAGAUAGGAAUCCUAGGGAACGUGAACAUCGACGUCGCAGUCGAAUAAGAGGAAUCACCAAGAGUGGCCGAGUCAUAAAAGGCCGUGGAGUGUUCCGCUACCGCACACCUUCACGCAGCCGCUCACGCAGCGCCACCCCUCCGCACUGGAAGCAAGCACAGAACCGCACCAUCAAGCUCAGUGAAUAUGAGAAGUUAGAACGUGAGCGUAAGAAGAGAGAGGAGGAGAUAAAGCGGAGAGAAGAGGAGAGAAAGAAAAGACACAUGGAGAAGGAACAGCAAAGGUUAGAAGCAGAAGCAAAGAGAGGACACAAAGAACAUGGCAAGGAGAGAGAAAAGGGGCCAGAAGAUGCUGAUGUAGAGACUUCGGAACAACUUGUUCAGGAGGAGGAAGAAGAGGGCGAGGCAGAGGAUGAAGAUGUUGGAGAAGGUGGUGAGAAAGGUCCAGUAGAUUACAAUGCUUUGGAUUAUGAAACAAUGGAUGGAGCUGGUUCUGAAAAGGAUGAAGACAAAUUGGUUAAAAAUAAUACAGUCACUGCUGUGGCAAAGAAGCCAGAGCCUGAAGCUGCACCAACAGGAAAUGGUGCUGUUGAGGAAGAAUUGGUAACCAAGAUCAUUGCAAAGGAAAAAUCACAAGAACCAGAGAUGAAACCAAAAAAAGUAGAAGAACAUGGUCAAAACAAAGUGAAGAAGAAGACAGAAGAAGAUAAGAAGGUGGGACCAGCUGAAUCUGUGCCCAAGAGACGCAGAUCUGCUGAGCAUGUGGACAGAGGGAGAAGCAGAAGAUCGAAAUCAGAGGAACGUCGUCAGAGCAGGCGAUCAAGGUCAGGUGACAGAAGUAACUCAAGAAGACGACACGAAACUAAAGAUAGAGACAAGCGGCCCUCCAGGUCUCCGGACCGUAAAAACAGGAAAAGAUCAAGAUCAGGUGACAGGAGUUUUCGAGUGAAGAAGAGGUCCUCAUCACGAGGAAGAAGAUUACGGAGAUCUGCUUCUGAGGACAGGAGUAAGAAAAAAAACAAGGGACAAGACAAGGAUUUGAAACAUCAAAAAGGAGCUGUGGAAGAAACAAAGCCGAGUAAGAAGACAGGUGAAAAGGAAAAAUUAAAGAAUGAUAAGGAUAUAAAGGUAUCAAAGGAAUCGGAAGAGAGCAAAAGGAAAGCUCAGGAAGAAUUGAUGAAACAGAAGGCAAAGUUAGAUGACAUAGAACAGAAAAAGCGUGACAAGGAAGAAGAACUUAAGAAGAAACAAGAAGAAUGUGACAAGAAAGCUGAAGUGGCAAAGCGUACUGGUGACAAGAAGAGUGCUCGACGAAGAAGGCGUAGUUCCAGCUCCAGUUCAAGUAGCAGUUCCACUUCCAGUAGCAGUAGCAAGAAGUAUGAGUCAAACAGGCACUCAAAGCGGCAGAGAGUACAUUCACGCUCACCUAUCGCAUCCAAGAAGAAGUAAUUGCUUCAUAGUAAGUCUCUCAAGAUGGUCCAGAGAUUUUUUUUUUCAUAUAAUAUCCUGGAGUAGUGUGUGUUAUUCACAUUUAUGCAUACUUCACCUUUUGCAGAAACAUAACAAAA